UGUUUGUUUCUGCUCUCCCUCCUCCUCCUUCUUCUUCUUCUGCUUCGUCUUCCCAACUCUCUUCACUCUUUUUCCGCUGCUGCAACUAUAAAAAAGAAAAAAGGAAUCGCUGCUCCUGUUACAGAGAAAUAUAGCAUAAGUAGGAGGAGAUGUACGCUGAGGCUGGGCUUCACCUUCCGGUCUUCUCACAGGGCUUCUUCCAAGACCACCAUGGCCACUACUCCCACCUGCCAUUCUCCCAAGAGGACUUCCUCUCCCGCUUCCAUGUCUGCUUCCCGGAUGGUGCGCCGAGCAUGGGCAACAUGGCACAAGCUCCUACUGUAUCAGAAUAUGAUAUGGGAGGAGAAGGAGAUCUAUUCAAAGCUCCAGAACCCAUCUUAGAAGGGCCAGCAUUGGAUCCUAUGGCAGCUGCCAUGUCCAUUAUAACAGGUGGAGCUGAUAUCAUCGCAGAAACAAUUAAAGUUGCAGAUGUAGAGGCAAUACAAAAUGAUCAACUGAAUGACAUAUAUUAUGAGUGCAAGAAGGACCUCCUGGAGAAGUCAGAGAUUGCAGAUUCAGUUUCUGAACUCUUAGAUGUAAAGAUUCCUGCUGUCCAAAUGGAUGGAGUCCCAAUUUUGGAAAAACUAAGCUAUGCAGAAAGAGCAAUGCAGAAAAGUGUGAGUUCUGGGUGUUUAAAUUCAGUGGAGUGGGUCCCAAGUUGCACUAUGAGACCAGACUUGCUUAAUUUUCAGGAAUUGGAUUUUGAAGCUGCACUAGGACUGAGGAGAGCAUAUAGUGAGGCAGACAUUCAGAAUCUUGGCAAUAAAAACACAAGCACUGGAAAUGCAACGGCCAUAACUUCCUCUGUCAAGCAGCUCCCAAGCAUCAGUGAUCUUAAGACGGAACAGCGGAAGCAAAAGCUUUCCAGGUACAGGGAGAAGAAGAGUAAGAGAAACUUUGGAAGAAAGAUCAAGUAUGCUUGCAGGAAAGCUCUUGCAGAGAGUCAGCCCAGAGUACGGGGAAGGUUUGCAAAGACUGAAGAACCAAACAUGUCCAUCCAAAUCUUGAACUAGGCCAGAAGUUGAAGCUGGCAGAAGCUUAGAGAGCUCCUUCGUCUAAAGAGAAUCAUGAGAACACACGCCACCAAACAGACAUGAUCAUUAACAAUAUAUUGAUGUAAUAACCUCCUCUCUCAAAGAUAGAAAAGAAGCUGUAGUUCUGUGCAGUAGUUUGAAUAAGAGGAAAUCGUUGUCCUGCUUGCUUUCUUA